AAACAAGAUGGCGGAAAGCAGGAGCAGUCAAAUACCAUGUUAAAAUAGAACUAACCUGGCCCAAAGGAGACUUCCAUAAUGUAUCCUAGAGUAAAACGAUCUCUAUCUGAAGAUGGAACUACUUCUGCGAAGAGAGCUUUAUUUCGGUCGUUCUCCGUAUCAGCUGGUAAUGACUCGACUCAGCGUGAAGCUAAUGGCAACUCAAAACAAUAUCACCAUCAUCACCAGAAAACUCAUUCUCCGGCACGAAAACACCGGUUUAAUUUGCCUAUAUUCACUGGACGCAAUGCAAUAAUUGCUGAAGUAAGGAUGAAAGAAAGUGUUAUUAUCGUUGGAGAAACAGGCAGCGGGAAGACGACUCAAAUUCCUCAAUAUCUUCACGAGGCUCGCUUGACAAAGCUUGGAGCUAUCGCCUGCACUCAACCUCGGCGCGUUGCUGCGAUUAGCAUUGCACAGAGGGUGGCCAAAGAAAUGAGUGUACAGUUGGGAGAAGAAGUGGGGUACACGGUACGAUUCGAAGACGCGACCUCAGCAAAGACUCGCGUGAAAUACAUGACAGAUGGAAUGCUUUUGAGGGAAGCGAUUGGAGAUCCAUUGCUUCAUAGAUACUCUGUUGUUAUUUUGGAUGAGGCUCACGAGAGAACUGUUCACACUGAUGUUCUUUUUGGUGUGGUAAAAUCAGCUCAGAAGAUGCGAAAAGCGAAAAAUAUGAAACCACUCAAGAUUGUGGUCAUGUCUGCCACUUUGGAAGCUGAACAUUUUUCGCGAUAUUUUAACAGUGCCAAGGUGUUGUACAUCGAGGGACGGCAGCAUCCUAUACAAAUGAUGUAUGCAGUUGAACAGCAGAAGGACUAUGUUCAUGCUGCACUGGUCACAGUCAUGCAACUACAUCAAGAAAUGCCCCCAGGGUAAAAACACUGAUAGCAGAAAAUAAACAAUGAAUAAUUAUGGUGCUAUACCCAACAACUACUGGGAAGCGGGGGGGCGGGGGGGCAGGGGGGGGGGGGUUACCGGUCAUUUCGAUACAAAGUUGUUUCGAUACAAGUCUUUUUGAUACAAGUUUACUCAUUCGAGAGGUGUAAAUAGUUCCACGUACUUGGCUUAACCCAUUCGCUCCUGGAGAUUUUGCCGAAAAACGCGUUUUGAAGCUAGUCGAGUGGUUUUCUGAUCACUGUCGUGCUAUAAAGAGCUAAAACUUACCACAAAUCGGUUUACAGGUCGUACACUUGGCGGCCUUCUGAUCCAGAUGCAAAAUAUCAGCUUGCGAAGUUCGGGCAUGCGCAGAAAGCAAAAUUUCGACAUAGUUUUUGGGUUUAAAAGUGACACAGCAGUCUUGACUUUUACUUUUCGCUUUCUCUCCUCCCUUCUUUUUUCGCUUUUCUUGCCUCAUUUUUUUUUUCUCUUGCUAGGCAUUUAGUAGGCUUCAUUUUGGUGGGAAGAGUUUUUAGGAAAGCUUUUAGGAUCUUAGGAUUAGGUGAAAGGAAAAGUAGGUGGGUAAUGGAACAAGAUUUUCAUGGAGAUUUUCAGGUCCUUGUCACGUGGUUUUUUGCUUCUUUCUCCAGUGUCCUUGACUGAAUUGUGCUCAUUCUGGUAUGGUUUGAAAGAUCUCUUCACCCUGCACAAGUUAGCGAAAAAAGUUGUCCUUGACCGUUAAAACUGAUGACGUCACAAAGGGUAGAAAGGACCUGGAUCCGCACGGGCGGUUACGGGCGGUUCAGGGGCGAAUGGGUUAAAGAAUGAAGAUAUUCACCCAAAAUGCUUUUCUUGUUCACUUGCAGACUGUACUUGAAGUGAACAAAAUUUUUGUGCAAUUUCACUGCUUGAGUUUGUAUUGAAAUGACUUGUAUCAAAAUGACUGGUUUUCGUGGAUAACUGAAGUAUUCAGUCUAACCUCCAUGUGUGACCACCUCUUGGUAAGUGACCACCUCCCAUACAUGACCAUCUGUGCAAAACCCAAAAUUUCCCCAGUCAAAGCCCUGUAGUUGGAACCUGUUAUGAAUCACCACCUCCUUUAAGAUCUCUGGAGAUCUUAAAACCAAACCUUUUGUGCCCCCUCCCCCAAUAAGCACAAAUCAACCCAGUCCCUAAAUAGUUAUUAUAACAUAGGAAUGGCUAUGGACAUUGUAUGAAGUCUUACAAGAAGUACAGAUCGUCAAAAUGGACUAAAUUCAAAACUAAACCAAAGAAAACCUCAAAAGUGCUCAACAAAGCACACAAAUUUACAUUAUAUACCUUACUCCCGGGGGUAGGGUACUCCCUAUAAUGGCCUAUACAGGGAGGCUCCACACGAAAGGGUCAUCUUUUUCAGGCUUCUGGUAUAUGAAAGGGUAGGGAUUUCACUAGUUGAAGUAUAUGAAGGGGGUCAUCAUUUCAGUUUCAGGCUUCUGGUACAGAUACAAAUGGGUAAAAGGGAAAAUUUCACUAGUUAGUAUAAAAUGUAGUGGAUUUACUGCAGCUAAAAGGGAUGGAAAGUUCUAAACUAGGUAUGUGAAAAAUUUGUCAAUAGAAAGAAUAUGAAAGGGUACCUCUUCUGCCAAAAAUGGUAUAUUAAAGGGUAAAAGUUCAAACCUUAUAGCACAGUCUCCCCGACUAAACCUUUACUAAGUAACCACCAAACUUAAUUAAACUAUUUCUGUUAGUGUUUUAACAGAAUCUUAUUUCUCAACAAAGAAGUUUUGCUUCUGCCAGCUAAAAGGGAAGAAGCUUUAAGCAUCCUCCUGUGUUUAUACAGCAGAAAUAACCUUUAAGUGUGUUUUUUGUUAUUGUUGUUCUUAUUUGAUAGUGGUGACAUUCUUGUGUUCCUGACUGGUCAAGAUGAAAUUGAGUCUCUGGCCAAGCUGAUCACAGAUUGUGCCCAACACUGUGGAUCGGGUGAGUUCAAUUUGUUACUCCAGGGGAAUUGUUUGGCGGCUCAGGUUUACAAACAUUACUUUUCAGGUGAAGAGAAGCAAAAACUGGAAAUACAUCUGUGUUUGCAGCAAAAGCUACAAUUUAUUAGCUAGAAUUCUAACUUUCUUUGCACCUUUAGAUAAACUUCUCAUUAGGUAAUCUGUAGGGGGGGGGGGAAGGGGAGACAAGCAAGAAAUGUUCUUCCCUAAAUCCCCCUCCCUUCACUUUUUUUUUUUCUCCUUAUCCCUGCUCUAUUGUUUGCAGUUUCAACUCUCCUCACUCUUCCUCUGCUUUCAAAAUCAAAGGUGGUGACUAAAUGCCAGAACACUCACCCAAGAUUAUGUCUAGACUGGCAAGAGUUAACAGUUUACUCAACUGAAGCAUUUCUAAGAUGACACAUAUUCCAUGAUGAGUUUUAUCUUUAAAUGUUGGGAAUAAUGACAAUGAUGAUGACCAUACUGCUGACGAGAGACUGCAUGGCUGGCUAUUGGCUCUUUGGAUUACAUAGUACAUGUAGCCAACAUCUAAAGUUUUGUUGCCGAGUCCUUAAAUUACCACUGCAUAUUUUGUUAGAAGUCUAACACGGUUCUUGUGGUUUUUGUUUUUUAGAGUGUCCUGAGCUCCUGGUGUGCCCAAUGUUUGCUGCUUUGCCGUCACAACAUCAAAUGAAAGUGUUCAUCUCUGCUCCGCUUGGUAAAAGGAAGGUUGUUUUGGCAACAAACAUUGCAGAAACUUCAAUCACUAUACCUGGGGUUAAAUAUGUCAUAGACACGGGAUUUGUCAAAGGGAAAGGUUGGUUUCCUUUUAUGUGCAAAUGACAUGAAAUUUUUAAAACUAAUUUUGGUCCUUACAUAAGUUUAAUUUACAAUUCUGAAAUUUUAAAAUUUGUGUCCCAAAAAUGUUUUUGAAUUUUGGCUAUCCAAAAACUACUUUUUCCCCUUCAGAAAUGUGCCAGAGACUGGGAGUCAUUAAAGGAUCAAAGAAAGGCUUUUUACAUCAUAUGACGCCAGUUGAUUUGCUCAGCCUUCGCUUAAGAUUCUGAUGAGUGCUUUGUGUUUUGUGGAAUUAAGCAACCACCAUGACAAGCCUAGAUAAGCAUAGCUGACCACCGGCAUGUUUACCAUUGUACUUCAACAAAUAAAAUGUAUGUAUGUACUUAGUUUGGUGAUAAUCAUAUUAUUAUUGACAUCUUUUGGCAGCUUUCCAUCCUAAAACUGGUCUUGAUAUGCUGCAAGUACAGCCUGUAUCAAAGGCACAGGCUCGCCAACGCACAGGAAGGGCAGGCCGUGAAACAAGUGGAGUGUGUUAUCGGCUUUACACAGAGGAGCAGUUUGAUGAACUGAAAGAGAUGACAACACCAGAGAUCCAGAGGUGCAACUUAGCAAGCGUUAUUAUACAGCUAAUGGCUCUUGGUAUUUCGGAUGUUCUUCAUUUUGACUUUCUUGAUCGGCCACCUCAAGAUGCUAUAGAGAAUGCUUUGGAGCAGUUAGUUGUGCUUGGCGCCGUGAGAAAAGGAAAUGAUGGCUACCAGGUAUAGAAACUAUGGAUCAUUAUGCAUUUCUGGGAAACUGUCCUCCUACCCCUCCCCUAAGACAACAUUAACACUUACUUCUCACUUAGGGCAAAAUGUUGGCUUAGGGGAGGGGUAGGUGUGCAGUUUCCCAGAAAUGUAUAAUGACCCGAAACUAUUUGGUGAAGGAUAUGUUAUUGCCUUGUCCCUGUAGAGCGUCGUCCCAGGCUUUCUCAGUCGGUGCAUUCCGGUGACGUAUACGAAAACCUCGCUCAGAUCACGUGACCUAAAACGCUUCGGCUACGCGCAAUAAUGAGCCCUAUGGACUAGGCAAGAUAUGUAGUACAAACUUUAGGUUUGGACAAGUCUCAGUUAGUUGAGAAUUUUGUGCCAAGUGAAACGCUUUUGAGGCAACCAAAGCACAGGGAUAAUUUGCGUUUGUGCAGGGGCGGCUUAAAAAGCUCCUGUAAUUCAAUACCCAACCCUAAUCACAACACCUUAAGUUACUGUAUCACCUCCGCACAUGAAAUUUUCAACCCAGUGCAACCAUUGCCGUUUCUAGUUUCCUCUCUCCUCUAAUUAUACAGCUAGAACGUAUUAAUAUAUACAAAACAGACAAUACCAAGCAGUAUUAUGUUAUCACAAACGGAUGCUACAUGUACUGGUCGAUCCAGACCAAACCAGCGCCUAUCUUUUCUACCAGACAGUGGAGGGGAAGGAGGGCUCUUAUCAAGGCCGUUUCGCGUGUUUGUGAGGAUUAACCGCAUUUUUCUUUUAAUGGUUUUUUCUAUAGUUGAUGCCCCUCGGUCAGAAGAUGGCACAGUUUCCACUGGAGCCACGUUUAGCCAAAGUGAUCUUGUCAUCCCAAGAACUUAGCUGCAGCGAGGAAAUCAUCACAAUCGUGGCCUUGCUCUCCGUUGACUCACUAACGUACACACCUCAAAGCAAACGAGAUCAAGCCAUAUCGGUACGUAAGAAGUUUGUUUCUUCAGAAGGUGAUCAGAUGACCCUUCUUAACAUAUACAGAGCUUACAAAGCUGUCAGUGGCAACAAAGAAUGGUGUCAUCAGCAUUUCAUCAACUCACAGACAGUAAAACGGGUCAUGGAUAUUAGAAAGCAGCUGAGAGAGAUAUGCACGCGACUAGACAUUACCUUGACCUCCUGUAAUAAGGAAACUGUGAACAUCCGACAAUGUUUGGCCAGGGGAUUGUUCAUGAACGCUGCUGAGCUUCAGUUUGAUGGUACGUACCAAACUGUGACACAUCGCCAACAGGUUGCAAUUCAUCCAACCUCGUCUCUGUUUGGAUCCAAGCCACAGUACGUUGUCUACAAUGAACUAGUGCACACAUCAAAGUGUUAUAUGCGCGAUGUGUGUAUAGUUGAUCCUUCCUGGCUGCGCGAAGCUGCACCAACGUACUUUAAAGAGCACAGACUACAUUCUCAACCCACAUCGGUUCGCUCUUAA